AUGUCUGCCGCACCUGCUGCUUCCGCCGUGCCCGCCGGCGUCGACCCGGAUGCGCCCGCCCCCUCGGCCGUCUCCAACCGGCCAGAUGUCAACCGCGAGGCCCACUCGUUCUCGCGCGCCCAGCUCGAGGCGCUCAUGACCAAGCGCUUCUUCUACAUCCAGGCCUUUGAGAUCUACGGCGGUGUCGGCGGCCUGUACGACUACGGCCCCACCGGCGCAGCGCUCCAGGCCAACAUCAUCAACCAGUGGCGCAACCACUUUAUCAUCGAGGAGGAGAUGCUCGAGCUCGACACCACCAUCAUGACGCUCGCCGACGUCCUCAAGACGUCCGGCCACGUCGACAAGUUCGCGGACUGGAUGUGCAAGGACGUCAAGAACGGAGACAUCUUCCGCGCUGACCACCUCGUCGAGGGCGUGCUCGAGGCGCGGCUCGAGGGAGACAAGGUCGCCCGCGGCGCCGCCGUCGCCGUCGAGGCCGUCCCCGCCGAGGACGCAAAGAAGAGCAAGAAGAAGAAGGUCAAGACGGCCGCCGUCAAGCUCGAGGACGCCGUCGUCGAAGAGUACACCACGAUCCUCGCCCAGAUCGACAACUUCGACGGCAAGCAGCUCGGCGAGCUCAUCAAAAAGUACGACAUCCGCGCGCCCGAGUCGGGCAACGAGGUGUCGCAGCCCAUCGAGUUCAACCUGAUGUUUGAGUCGUCGAUCGGCCCCACGGGCCAGGUCAAGGGCUACCUGCGCCCCGAGACGGCGCAGGGCCACUUUGUCAACUUCCAGCGCCUGCUCGAGUUCAACAACGGCCGCGUCCCCUUUGCCUCGGCCCAGAUUGGCAAGUCGUUCCGCAACGAGAUCAGCCCGCGCGCCGGCCUGCUGCGCGUUCGCGAAUUCACCAUGGCCGAGAUCGAGCACUUUGUCGACCCCGAGGACAAGUCGCACGAGCGCUUCGACGAGGUGCGCGACAUUGCGCUGCCGCUCCUGCCCAAGGACGUCCAGGAGUCGGGCAAGACCGACAUCACCACCAAGACGAUUGGCGACGCCGUCGCCUCGGGCAUGGUCGACAACCAGACGCUCGGCUACUUCCUCGGCCGCAUCUACCUCUUCCUCACCAAGAUCGGCAUCGACCCCAAGCGCCUCCGCUUCCGCCAGCACAUGGGCAACGAGAUGGCCCACUACGCCUCCGACUGCUGGGACGCCGAGAUCCACACCAGCUACGGCUGGAUCGAGUGCGUCGGAUGCGCCGACCGCUCCGCCUACGACCUGACGGUCCACUCCCGAAAGACGAAAAAGGACCUCGUCGUCCAGAAGGCGCACCGCGAGCCCAAGGUCUACGACCGCCUUGUGGCCGAGGUGGUCAAGAAGACGAUCGGCCCGCGCUUCAAGAAAGACGCCAAGAUGGUCGAAGAGGCCAUCCUCGAGAUGGACCAGAAGGCGCUCGCCGACCUGCAGAGCCAGCUGAAGAACGGCAAGGCCGAGCUCAAGAUCUGCACGGGCCAGACCUUUGAGCUGACGCCCGACGUCGUCAGCGUCGAGAUGAAGACGAUCCGCGAGACGGUGCGCGAGUUUACGCCCAACGUCAUCGAGCCGUCGUUUGGCAUCGGCCGCAUCUUCUACUCGCUCCUCGAGCACAGCUUCUGGGCGCGCGCCGAGGAUGUCGACCGCGGCGUGCUGUCGCUGCCCCCGCUCGUGGCGCCCAUCAAGGCGCUCAUUGUCCCCAUCUCGAGCAACGAGAAGCUGGCGCCGCUCGUCAAGCAGGUGUCGCGCAAGCUGCGCUCGGCGGGCGUGGCGAGCCGCGUCGACGACUCGAGCGCCACCAUCGGACGGAGGUAUGCGCGCAACGACGAGCUCGGCACGCCGUUUGCGUGCACCCUCGACUUUGCCUCGCUCAGCAAGGGCACCAUGACGCUCCGCGAGCGCGACACGACGGCGCAGCGCAUCGGGCCCAUCGACCAGGUCAUCGAGGUCAUCCGCAGGCUCUGCGACGGCAGCCUUACCUGGGAGGGCGCCUGCAAGGAGCUGCCCGAGUACAGCGGACAGCAGGACGUCGACGAAUAG